AGAACUCGCCCCGUUAGGUAUUGAUAAAUUUCUCAGUGAUAUAGUCCAUCUCAGCAUUUUCAACUGUUACUCAAACGUGGCACAUUACAACUAAUUUAUCUGCAUCGUAGUGAUGGAUUAUUGUUUGGCUUCACUAAGUAGACGUAAUAAUGAUAGAUCUGAUGUCUUUACAAUUGAGCGUACUUAGUUGUGUUCUGAUAAGUUUAGCUGAAUAAAAUCAUAUCUCAAGUUGUAUAACUCAAUUAUGUGGAGUUCUGAAAGAAAAAUUGCUAUCAAGCUUGUUCUUCUUACCAUGUUUACUCAAUCAUUCUGGUCUGGAUUUCAGUUUCUCACGAACCAGUUUAUAUAUUAUAGGUUUCUGAAGGACGCAGGUUUACCCUACGAACCAUCUCCACAAAACAAAUCCAUUCCUGAUCAUGAUAAAGAAUUGAAAGAUGAAGUUCAAAAGAGGACUGCACAUUUACUACCCUUAUUGAGUGCUUCAUUAUUAAUUCCUGGACUUUUGUCGUCGUUUAUAAUCAGUUCACUUUCUGAUCAUUAUGGUCGACGUGUAGCGAUGGGAGUUUUGUUUGGUGGUUUAACUUCAAACAUAAUCGUUUCAUCGCUUGUGAUUUUACUUGAACUGAAUUUAUACUUAUUAAUUCUGGGAAAUUUAACGUGUGGUUUUCUUGGCGGAGGCUUGCUUACAUUUUCAGGUCAAAUUUCAGUUUGCUUUGCUGAUAUUACUAAGAUUCCUGAUGAACAAGAGCCAUUAUUGGAUAACUCUAAAUGUCAACAAGCUUCAUUGGAACGUCGACGACUUUCGUAUAUGGGAAUUUACGAUGGUGUUUGUGUUUUAUCAAGUGCCGCAGUGGUGUCAGUUACAGGUGUUCUUAUUGAUCACUAUAGUUUCAUUACAACUUGUUUGAUAAUGUUAUUUCUUUGUUUAAUAUCGGUGGGAAUGUUAUGGUGUUUACCAGAAACACAGUCUUUCAAUAUACAAACAGCUGAUAUCUCUUCUUUUAAUAAUAAUUUCAAUGCUAAUGUCUCUGUGUGUAAUACAGAAUUUUAUUCAUCUAAUCAGUCAGAAUCAUAUAAGAAAAACUGGCUUUUGAAGUCAACUGAGAUGAUUAAUCUAGUUCGAAAUGCCAAUAUUAUCACAGUUUUAGUCUUAACAGUUUUGUUCUUGACAACAUUGACUACAUAUAAUGAAGGUCAAUAUACAUUUUUAUAUUUAAUGGGACCUCCAUUCAAUUGGUCUGUUGAUCAGUAUGGUUAUUUUAGUGGAUUAAAUUCUACUCUCCUGGGUUUAUUGUCGUUUGGAUUAACUUGGAUUACUACUCGUUGGAUGAAAGUUGUUAAACGGCAUCGGAUAUCUGAAGCAUCAGAACCUUUACUGACUAAUCAAUCAGUUUCCGCGUACAAUUCUAUCCAUGAAGUUGAUUCAAUUGAUAAUAAUAAUAACAGUAGUAGUAGUCCAUCGAAUAUAAUUAUUCAAAACGAAGUAUUACGAGCACGUCGACGUAUGAUAAAGUAUGUAAUAUGUGGAAUGAUUGCAAUUGUAAUUAGUAAAUUGCUUAUGGGAUUAGCAUUUUUGUUUCCUUCACCUGGUCAUAAUAUUGCAGUAUUUGUUAGACAUUUUUUGGAAUAUUUUAUCUACACCACAGUUGAGUCACUUCCCGGAUAGCUCAGUGGUAACGUUUCUGACUGUGAAGCUGGGUGACACGGGAUCGAACCCGUCAAGGAGCACCAGUUCCCUCAAGAUUACAGAUACACCUUGCUGACGAGUGCCAAGUAGCACGAAACCCGGGUCCAGGGUUUCCUGUCGACUACCUCCAACCAUCUAAUGGUAAGGCUUGCUCUAACUGAAAUACGAAUUAUGAACUUCGA